CUGCGGGCAAACAUGGCGCUCUACAUACUUUACUGUGUGUCCUGAGCAAAAACAAACAAAAAAAAAUAGCUCGUCUUAACCUUAGGAAAUGGUAUUUGGCUACUUAAAUUGUAACACGAUUACCUCUGUGGUUUAAAUAAGUUUAUGGUGAAAAUGGCGUUUAGCCACACGAGUCGUGGGGUUCGUCUGCUUUUGAGUCAAAUUCAGCGAUGUGUUGUGGCCGUAAACCACCCAGCAGCUCGAUGUGUGACUCAGCCGGCUACCCAACCGGAGCCCUGCACGGUAGAGAACGAGUCCGUGAACCCGACCUUUAAGAACCGAAACCCACGGAACCUAGAACGGAUGGCCUUAGCUGUGAAGGACCGCGGCUGGAAGACGACAUGGCCUCACCGCGAGUUCUACCACAGGUUGGUGUUUUCCCGCAGUCAGAAACAUGUGAUGGCUCAGGUCUUCUCUUGCUCUUCACCUGACCCGGUGCUCUCCUGCUCCACCAAAGAGUGGGCGCUGAAGAAGGAGCUGGCCUCCACAAACUGCGUGGCGGCGUGUCAGGCCGUGGGCGAAGUGCUGGCGCAUCGAUGCAAGCAGGCCGGCAUCACCAGGAUGGUGUACAGGGCCAUUCCCUGGACGUAUCGCUCGGAUGCUGUUCAGUCGUUUCGAGCAGCAAUGAAAGAUGGAGGAAUCAUUCUCAGUGAACCCAGAAGAAAAUACAUUGGAACCUAAAUUUAGAGAUCAGCCUUCAAAUGUUGAGAAAAAUUCUUUCUUAUGUAAAAAUAGCCUCCAUGACAAUACGAUGAGUCACAUUUUGCUGUCUUGCUUUUGUGAAUAAACAGUUACCAAAUGAGUA